AAGGAGCCCGCAGCCCGGGGGAGCCUCGGAGCUGGGCAGCGAUGUCCUGGGCUUGCGGCGACGUGUGUGAGUGCAGGAAGGGCCGGGCUCUGAGCAGCAUCUUGUACAAGCUGCUGCAGAGCGAGGAGCCGGAGCCGGAGCCGGGACGCCUGUCAGCCGUUGUGUCCCCGGGCUGUGCCUGCCCAUCCCGGCGCAGACUGGUGCUGAAGUGGCCCCACAUCACCUGCGCCGAAGCCUCCGCCGUCCUGGCAAAGACCCUGGCGUUUAUCCAGAACGUGCCCUGCUUCCAUGCAUUGCCCGGGGGAGACCAGGUCACCCUGGUGAGAAGGUGCUGGGCACCGCUCCUGGUCCUGGGACUGGCGCAAGACAAAGUCAAUUUUGAAACGGUGGAGGUCACCGCCACCAGCAUUUUACACAUGAUUUUAACCAGUGGACCCGCGGACACACACAAGGAGAGCGAGGAUCUUCACACGGCUUCGGCAGCCGACAUCCACACCAUUAAGCGGUUUCUCAACAAGUGCUGGACCCUGGAUAUAACCCCCAAAGAGUACGCCUACCUGAAAGGGACCCUUCUCUUUAACCCAGAGCUUCCAGGACUACACUGUGUCGGGUACAUCCAGAGUCUUCAGCAAGAGGCACAUCAAGCGCUCAAAGAACAUGUGAAAAGCACUUGCACGCAAGAUCAGAGUCGCUUCUUCAACCUCAUCAUUGCACUUUCAAUGGUCCGCUGCAUUGGUGCAGGUGUCAUUGUUGAACUGUUUUUCAGACCCAUCGGCAACGACAAUAUAGAUGACAAGUUGGUGGACAUGCUCUGUGUCGAUAACAAAGCUCAAGCUGCUGAGAAAAUCAGCACAUAGUAAACGUUGCAGCUGCCCAAUUGCAGAUAUAUAAAUUAUUAGUUUUUUUGCAAACAGUAUUUUUGUAAAAUAUACAGGUAUAUUGCUAUUCUUGCACAAUUUGAUUUGUUAUAAAUAAAUGGUGUAGGUAUGAUAUCAAUGAAGUUGUUCGAGCCCUUGCAAACUUGCUCACUUUUCAACUGUGGCAUGGUCCUUU